UUUGUCACAAGACUAGUAGACUGUCACAAAUUUUUAUCUCAAACUAAAGAUAACACCAGCUAAUAAAACUGAUAAUAAUUGAUAAAUUUCACUAUUUGAUUAUAAAUUAAAUUGGAUAAAGUGAUGCUUGAUGACAUACGUGAAAUGGAAGUAAUCGUAUUUCAUUAAUUGUUUUGUGUAGAACUCUGUUAACAAUGGCGUCCGACAGUUGUACACUCGAGGGCGGCCAUGACUCUUUAUAUGAGUAUCAGUGUUCGCUGUGUGAAGAAGGCCAGCACGUGGAGGCCACAAAGUUCUGCAAGGAAUGUUUUGUUUACAUGUGUGAUUCAUGUGUACAUACAAAACAUAACAAGUUUCCUUUAAACAAGAGGCACCAAAUGCUUGAGCAAACGCAGUUCUCGACCGUUAAAGCGUCCCCACUCAGGUCGUUUCCAACUAAACGAUGCGCGAAACAUCCCGGUGAACUGAUCAACAUAUACUGCGGUGAACACGAUGUCGUCUGCUGCAUAGUCUGCAAGACGCUGGAACACAGCAAUUGCGCAAAUUCAAAACACUUAUUUGAUGCAGCUAAGGGAAUACACACCAAGAGCAAAGAAUGUCAGAAUAUCAUACAAGAGACGGAAACUUUCAUUUCUAUCGUGGAAAAAGUAAUUAGCGAUGGGAAAUCGGAAAUGACACGAUUCUCUGAAGCUAAAGUGGAAGUUAAAAAUAAGAUUGCAGAUUUCCGUAAACGGGUGGACAUGUAUUUCGACGACCUAGAAGCGAAAUGUCUGGAUGAGCUCCAGAACUUAGAAAGCAAGAUUAUUAGCGACAUAGAGCAAAACGUGAAAUACCUUGAUGUCACAAGAAGAGAGGCGGAAGAUAUUCUACAACAAUUACAAUCAUUCGAGGGAGACAAUGAAUGCGAGCUAUUUGUUCACGUUAAAGAGGGUAAUCGCUUACUGAGUGAUGCAAAGGGAAGUCUCCGAAAGGUAUCUAGAUCAGUUUGCCGAAAAGAAUCGCUUCAUUACGAGAUAGAUCCGAAAAUUGAAGAAUUCCUGAAAUCCUUGGAAACGUUUGGAUCUUUUACUGACAAGCCUGUGACAAUAAUUCGACAUUCUGCAAAGCAUGGAGAGCCUUUGGACACACGAAAAGAUAUGGUUCAACCUCUGCAGUUUGUGUUCGAUUCUUGGUAUACUGAAGGUAACAUGCGUGUUGCACCACGGCCACUACCCAACAAAGUUAAAAUGUGUGUUUUACCAUCGGGUACUACUCUUAUCCACUUUAACAAAUACAUAAGGGCAUUUAAUGCAACAAAUCAGCCUAUUGGCACUAGAAAUAUACCAGAAGAUAUACUCAGUCUCUGUCCGGUUGGAAACAAUGAAGCUGCAGUAUUAUACAGAGAACAAAAUUAUGAAUGUAACCAAUAUAUACAAAAUGUUGGUUUUGUUACUGGCAGGACAGUUCUAGUAAUGCAUAGACAGUUCAGUACUGAAAGUAAUGCUUCUGAAAUGGUCUAUAGUGAAGGAUUGUUGUAUGUCUGCUGCGAAAUGAAAGUUCGUCAAUCCAAUACAAAGGGCCAAAUGUGUGACCGAAUAGCCGGUUAUCAUAUAGCAAUAUAUAACAAAGCUGGACAGUUACAACGUUAUAUUCCACAAUUGCCUUUGUGCUUUACUACUAUACCAGAAUACAUGACAGUCAGUGACAACAGUCGGCUUUUCUUUGCUUUCCAGAACAGUGGCGUUUUAAUCUUUUCAGAUAUAUUUGGAAAUGAAGUAAGUUCAUUUGAUAAAUCUCGAGAUUUCUCAUUGGGCAAUUGCAGCCAGAGACAAGCAAUUUGUGCAGAUGGUACAGGACAGUUCUUCGUUUUAACAAAUAAGAAUGAGGUCCUACGGUUGUCGCUCCAAUACCAGAAGUCGGAGGUAAUCCUGAGUGAAGUAGAUGGGAUAAAAAAUCCGCUGGGAAUAUGUUUUGGCAAAAAUAAGUCUAUGCUAUUGGUACUGUGUUCAGAAUUAUCAAGUACAAUAGAAGACAAGAGACAAAGGUAUACAUAUACCGCUAUUGUACAUUCAUUUAACUUGGCUACUUAGUAGUGUUUUUAAUGCCCUCAGCACUGUGCUGAAAAAAGCACGUCCAAUAGCACCUGCGAGUAAUAAAAUUUAACCAGUAUUUAACAAUAUAUGUUUUAUAUCAUAUAUCGUGUAUCAUUCUUAAAGAUGCACUCGUCCUUAAAUAAUUCAUCAACAAUAGUGUAAUGUCAUUCACAAUAUGUUUAAUGCGCAUGCACCUCUUAUUUCACUGAAAAAAGAAUGAAGUUGUGUAUCAUUUGUAUGUAUUUACAAAAUAUGUUUAGACUUAUCGUUGAUGAAUUGAAAUGAAAUACUCUAAUAUGAAUAUAUCAUUUUCUGUUACACAAUGAUACUACAUGUAUAUAUAAAUUGAAUAGAUGACUAUGAUUUUAUGUGAUGUAUGAGACUUUUAAUUUUAUUUACAGUUCUUUUAAAUGUCUUUGUUGUGUGUGUAUGUGCAAAUUAUAUAUAUAUAUAUAUGUUAUGAAGGUCACUUUUAUAC